AUGAAUACUCAAUUAGCAAUAAAUGCUUUAAGACUAAAUCAUUGUGUAGGUUUCAAAAGAAGACUUAGGACUUGUACAGAUCUAAGUAGAGCGAAAGCGGUGGAUCUGGUGUAUAAGGUGUAUGGUCCCAGUCUAACACCUGAUACUGUGCCUAUAAUAGUGCUCCAUGGCUUCCUGGGCGGCAAGAGAAAUUGGCACACCGUCAGUAAUAGAAUAGCAUGUCACACAUAUAGAACUGUGAUAGCAGUGGACGCUCGUAACCAUGGCGGGAGCCCCCACACUGAUUCCCAUACCUACCUCGACCUGGCAGCUGAUGUCUGCAAGCUAAUAAAAAAGUUACAUAUUAAAAAAAGUGUCAUUAUGGGCCACAGCAUGGGAGGCAGAACUGCAAUGGUCUUGGCCUUGACAGAGCCAUCCAAAAUAGCAAGGCAGAUCAUAAUAGAUAUAUCACCGGUCUCGACCUGCGAAAGCCUAAAAAAAUUCUUUCCGCAUGUCUUAGAAGUAAUGUCGGCCAUGGACUUUAAAGGGAAAGAUUUGGCUAGUGCACGAAUGCAAGCUAAAUCUAUAAUACUAAAACACCAUUUAUUCAAACGCGAAGAAAGCAUGUAUUUCGUGUUAAGGAAUAUUGGAAAGUUGCCUAAUAAUACUUUCGGAUGGGAGUGCAAUGUUCAGACCUUAUUGAAGGAUUUUCAUCACGUCGCUGAUUUUCCUACAGAGGCUUUGAGAGGAAGAACUUUCGAGGGUCCUGUGUUAUUCAUCGGCGGUUCUGAAUCAAGCUUUAUUCCACCUGAAGACAUAACCGGGAUCAGACAGUUUUUUCCCAAAGCUGUUCUGCGGUACAUAGAAGACGUCGGCCACAAUCUGCAUGUUCAGGAUCCAACUACCUUUUUCAAUAUGGUUAUACAAUUUUUAGCCGAGGGUGACAAAAGAUAA